AUGACUACCAAGUUUCAAGCGCGUGCGCUGAAAAUUCGUCAUGUCUAUCGUCCUCCCACCACCUCGACGACUAACGAUAACAGGGUCAAGAUGAGUCACCGGAAGUUCGAAGCGCCUCGUCACGGCUCCCUUGCCUACCUCCCGCGCAAGCGCGCUGCCCGUCACCGUGGUAAGGUCAAGAGCUUCCCCAAGGAUGAUGCCAAGAAGCCCGUCCACCUUACUGCCUCCAUGGGCUACAAGGCCGGUAUGACCACCAUCGUCCGUGACCUUGACCGUCCCGGUGCCAAGAUGCACAAGAAGGAGAUUGUCGAGGCCGUCACCGUCAUCGAGACCCCUCCUCUCGUUGCCGUCGGUGUCGUCGGUUACAUCGAGACUCCCCGUGGUCUCCGCUCUCUCACCACCGUCUGGGCUGAGCACCUGAGCGAUGAGGUCAAGCGUCGCUUCUACAAGAACUGGUACAAGUCCAAGAAGAAGGCCUUCACCAAGUACGCCAAGUCCCACGCCGAGAGCUCCGGUGCCUCCAUCACCCGCGAGCUUGAGCGCAUCCAGAAGUACUGCACUGUCGUCCGUGUGCUCGCCCACACCCAGAUCCGCCAGACUCCUAUCAAGCAGAAGAAGGCCCACCUUAUGGAGAUCCAGGUCAACGGUGGCUCCGUCGCCGACAAGGUCGACUUCGCCCGCAACCUCUUCGAGAAGACCAUCGAUAUCGACUCCAUCUUCGAGAAGGACGAGAUGAUUGAUGUCAUCGCCGUCACCAAGGGUCACGGUUUCUCCGGUGUCACCUCCCGUUGGGGUACCACCAAGCUGCCCCGCAAGACUCACAAGGGUCUGCGCAAGGUCGCCUGUAUUGGUGCUUGGCACCCUAACCACGUCCAGUGGACUGUUGCCCGUGCCGGUCAGGACGGAUACCACCACCGUACCUCUUGCAACCACAAGAUCUUCCGCAUUGGAAAGGGUACCGAUGAGGGUAACGCCUCCACCGACUUCGACAUCUCCAAGAAGCAGAUCACCCCCAUGGGUGGUUUCGUCCACUACGGUGAGGUCAAGAACGACUUCGUCAUGGUCAAGGGCUCCGUCCCCGGUGUCAAGAAGCGUGUUAUGACUCUGCGCAAGACUCUGUACCCCCAGACUUCCCGCAGGGCCACCGAGAAGGUCGAGCUCAAGUGGAUCGAUACCUCCUCCAAGUUCGGUCACGGUGCUUUCCAGACCUUCGAGGAGAAGAAGGCCUUCAUGGGUACCCUCAAGAAGGACCUUGUGGAGACUGUUUAA